GCUGGUUGCAGACAAGAGGAAGACUGACGCGGCAACGUCGCAAUAAAUCAGCUGUUACCCUGAAGUCGUUUCGGCGAUUCCGUUUCGUAUUCCGCAUUUUUAACAAAUCUUUCGCGAAGUGUUCGGUAUUUUGAAGUGAAAAUGAGUGCCACAGACUAUUUACGCUUAGGCGAACACAAAAUAUUCAAGGAACUGAAAGAGACAUUGCCUAAAAACCUCACGAAAGCUGAAAACCUAGUUGUUGUGCACGAUAGCAUUCUCUUUACCUGGGAUUUCCAAGACAACUGCAUAUUAAGCUUGAAUAUCAAAGCCGCCAGGAGCCGGGAAGGUGAUAACGUUAUCCAUCAGGUGAGUUUUACUUUUGAGAUACUCUUUUUGUGUUUGUGUUUAGUGUGUUUAACAUAA